UUGUCUUUUCCCUUCAAAAUGGUUGUUCUAUCUCCUAUUUUCUUGUCUCUCUUUCAGCUUAUUCCUUUUUAAUAUUCACUCCAUUUCCCUAUUCUAACCUUGGUCUCGCAUAUAUUCAUAAAUUCAUCUCUUCUCUCAAAAGGAGUCAAAACCUACUACAUCUCCUCAGUCUUUGUCAAGCUGGUAUCAGGCAGUCAGGGACUACUACACUAACCAUGAUGUUGCUAGUGUCUUACAAAAAAUGAAUAGGGAUCCCGAACAUCACACCAAUCAAGAAACUGAAGUUAACACCAAUGAAAAAAGCAAUGAUAAUGGAAACCAAGAACAAGAGUCUGAUCUCACUCAAGGACGGAAAGAGACUGUCAGGGAUCCCGAAGAUCACACCAAUCAAGAAACUGAAGUUAACACCAAUGAAAAAAGCAAUGAUAAUGGAAACCAAGAACAAGAGUCUAAUCUCACUAAAGGACGGAAAGAGACUGUCAGGUUUAAGACAAAACAUAAUCUCUCAAAUAGAAAACAAGUAGAUUAAUUAGACUUGAAUCAAUAAUAUGUAUGUUGAAUGUAUCUGAUUUUUGUCCAAAGAUUGGUAUUCAUGUGUAUCAAUAUGC